AUGCUCAAGGCACAUGCACAUGCAAGUCUGCUCUUCCUUGCGUACCGUGGAGCGCUGAACGAGCACGUCAGAAGGGUUUCCUUCCUGUUUCCUUCAAUCUUUUGCAAUUUCUAUGCUGGAGUUAGCGCUUGUGGACGGCCCACAAAGGACGUUGAGAAGGCGAGCAACACUGUUUCACCCACUCCAACACCGGCUUCGCCUUCCGAUUCCGUUCUCAAUAGGUAUGCUGAUGUCAGUGCGAACUGA